ACCACACACAAUUUCUUAAAAACAACAAAGUAGACUCAGUGUUUUUUCUGUUACUUGCUUGCCUACAUUUACAGAGCGAUUCUCCGUCAGUUAGUUCCUGUUUUAGUCAGAGUGUGCAAAGUAAAUUGCGAAUUGCUUGAGAAUUACCGUGAAAUAUUUCAUUCAAGAUUCAGUCAAAAAAAAAAAAUGGAAGAAAAAAACGGUUCAGACCAUUCACCGACAAAAAAGCGAUCGGGUUACAUCGAAUGGGGUGAUUAUUUUAUGGCGAUGGCAUUCUUAGCGGCUAAACGAAGCAAAGAUCCAAGUACACAGGUUGGAGCGUGCAUUGUCAAUGAGGAUAAAAAAAUAGUUGGCGUUGGUUACAAUGGAUUUCCAAUUGGUUGCAGCGAUGAUGAUUUCCCAUGGAGUAAAAAUACACCCGACGCACUCGAUUCAAAAUAUAUGUACGUGUGCCAUGCCGAAGUGAAUGCCGUGCUCAAUAAAUUAUCGGCCGAUUUAAAAAAUUGCACACUGUAUGUGGCAUUGUUUCCAUGCAACGAAUGUGCAAAAGUGAUUAUUCAGUCACGCAUCAAGGAAAUAAUCUAUUUGUCGGACAAACACGCACAUAAACCUGAAGUCGUUGCAUCGAAGCGAAUGCUUGACGCAGCCGAAAUCAAGUACACACAAUACAAACCGACGUGCAAGCGUAUUGUCAUCGAUUUCAGUGACAUCGAUUCGCUGAAACUCAAUCAACUGCCGCCAACACCGAUCAAAGGACGUUUCGAGGAAAAUGGUGCUUAAAAAAAUCCAUCGAAACUAAUCUAAAAACCAAAGUCAUUUCAUUUUAAACGAACCAUUCACAUUAAAUAGGAAAAUCUUUCCAAUUGAAACAACGCUAGCAAUUUAUCGAAAUAAACUCUCGACUGUGGUUUUUUUUUUAUUAAUUUUUGUUGUAAAAUUGUUUCUAAAAAUAAUUUGUGCUCAACAAAAUUGUGCAUUGAAAAUGCGAUUUUUGGUAUUUAAUUUUCUUAUGCGAUCGGGAGAUUCUUUAAAUAAAGCAAAUUGAUUUCAAAA